UUCUCUUUCUCCAGUCUCACUCGGUUUCAUUUCCAUCGCCAUUCAGAGGAGAGGCAUAGACCCCUCUGCAGUUCUGUGCCUGCCCGAGAGUUCGGAGGCUCCUGUGGCUCAGAAAUAGAGCGUCUACUAGGGUCUAAUUUUCUCCCUUUGCGUGGAUUUUCCGACUUGUUUGGUUUUUGCACCUACGCCAGACGAUGUUCAACGCCGACUCUUCCUGUAGUAACUGCGUUUCUGAACACAUUGACUCCGAAGUUCUAUGUGGCAUUAACAGGAACGUCUUCUCUCAUAUCAGGACUCAUAUUAAUAUUUGAGUGGUGGUAUUUUCGAAAGUACGGCACAUCAUUCAUUGAGCAAGUCUCCGUGAGCCACUUGCGGCCACUGCUUGGCGCGGUGGAUAAUAAUUUGCCUUCGGUUAAUUUUACUGCCAGCAAUGGAGAAGCUGAAUCGAACAGGCAAAAUGUGUCAGAAUGUAAGGUGUGGCGAAACCCACUGAAUCUCUUCAGGGGAGCAGAGUACAGCAGGUACACAUGGGUCACAGGGAGAGAGCCCCUGACAUAUUAUGACAUGAAUCUGUCCGCACAGGAUCAUCAAACAUUUUUCACAUGUGACACAGAUCAUGUCAGACCUGCAGAUGCUGUGAUGCAGAAAGCCUGGCGGGAGAGACAUGCUCAAGCAAGAAUGAAGGCAGCAUACCAAGCUUUAGAAUUAAACAAUGAGUGUGCAACAGCAUACGUUCUCUUAGCUGAGGAAGAGACCACCACAAUUCUGGAAGCUGAGAAGUUAUUUAAACAGGCACUGAAAGCAGGCGAGGUGUGCUAUAGGAGGAGUCAGCAGCUUCAGCACCACGGUCCACAACAGGAAGCACAACACAGACGAGACACAAAUGUAUUAGUUUAUAUAAAACGAAGGCUUGCAAUGUGUGCAAGAAAACUGGGGCGAAUACGAGAAGCAGUAAAACUGAUGAGAGACUUGAUGAAAGAGUUUCCACUCCUUAGUAUGCUGAAUAUUCAUGAAAACUUGUUAGAGGCUCUGUUGGAGUUACAAGCUUAUGCUGAUGUACAAGUGGUCUUGGCCAAAUAUGAUGAUAUCAGCUUGCCAAAAUCAGCGACGAUAUGCUACACAGCUGCAUUGCUGAAAGCGCGUGCUGUAUCAGACAAGUUCUCCCCAGAGGCAGCCUCCCGGCGAGGGCUCAGUACGGCAGAAAUGAAUGCUGUGGAAGCAAUACACAGAGCAGUAGAGUUCAAUCCACAUGUGCCAAAGUAUUUACUAGAAAUGAAAAGUUUAAUUUUACCACCAGAACACAUUCUGAAGCGGGGAGACAGUGAAGCAAUAGCAUAUGCUUUCUUUCACCUUCAACACUGGAAGAGGGUAGAGGGGGCCCUUAACCUAUUGCACUGUACGUGGGAAGGCACUUUUCGAAUGAUCCCCUAUCCUUUGGAGAAAGGUCAUCUUUUCUAUCCAUAUCCCAGCUGCACAGAAACAGCAGAUCGAGAGUUACUACCAUCUUUCCAUGAAGUGUCAGUUUAUCCGAAGAAAGAGCUCCCAUUCUUCAUCUUGUUCACAGCUGGACUGUGUUCGUUUACUGCGAUGCUGGCACUCCUCACACAUCAGUUUCCAGAACUCAUGGGAGUUUUUGCUAAGGCUUUCUUCAGCACACUGUUUGCACCCUUCAACUUUGUGAUGGAGAAGAUUGAGAGUGUCUUACCCUCUAGCUUCUGGCACCUGCUGACCCGAAUCUGACACAAAUGGUUCACAGAAAACAGACCCAACACUCUUUCUAUCCCUAUCCCCCCCUCCAACCCCUUUCCAGGAUCUGUCAGUGUAGAACAAAACACUGCCCAGACGAUUGAAGUGAGGGAGGGAAAGGCUGAGGGGAACACCACUACUGCAAGUCGGAGACACUGUCGCUGCUGCCAAGUCUGGGUGUUUUAACCUUGUAACAAAGAACUGAGGAAUUUAUUUCAAUUUCUCUUCGUUAGAUGGAGAAACAGACAAAAAAAUCAAAAGGGAAAAAAUAAAGUUAAAUUUUGUGCAUUGUUUGUGUAGCUCAACGUCCUUUUUAUUUCCAUUCACAAACCUUGCCUGUGCUCGCUCAGAAGAUCAUGCCAUGCAGAAGAUUAUUCAACUCAACGCACCUGCCCAGAGAAUUCCAAUUGUUCCCAAUCAUUGUGCUCAUUUUGUUGUUAAAUGGGUUGAGUAUUGUCCACUCAUCUACUCCAUCUGGUUGUUUGUUCUGUAAGUUGGUCACUCAUUGGUUCUUGUCCUACUUCAGUCUGUUCCCUUGACUCGUACCCACAGUCAUGUUUAACAUUUCUCAUGCCUUCAGCAAUAUUGCUGACUUCUCUACUGGGGGCUUAGUUGAUUCCAAUGGUAACUUUUUCUAAAAGAAUUGUCAAAAUGGAUAGAAAACAUUGCAAGGCUUUGGGGGAGGAAGAAGGCACUGGGACUAAUUUGGGAAUCUGGAUAUCCUCUUUUUGUAAAUUAUAUGGUCAAACACCCAAGCCUACUUUCAUAGCACCGAUCUUACAAGGACCAGUCUCACUCUUGCUCUAGAUAUGCAGUUGUUCAUGAUUGAUAUUGAUUGGUGAUAUGUCGCUACCUGGCUGAGAUUUACAUUAAAACAUACUGUGAAUGUUC